AUGGCUUUCCGCUUCGCCGCAAGAAGACUCGCCCUCACCCGCCCCGCCGUGCCGGCGCGGGCCUUCCACUCCACGCCCGCCGCCUUCGUCAAGGUCGGCGACGCCGUACCCGAGGUCGACCUCGUCGAGAACUCGCCCGGCAACAAGGUCAGCCUCGCCGAGGAGUUCGGCAAGGUCACCAACGGACUCAUCAUCGGCGUGCCCGCUGCCUUCUCCCCAGCCUGCUCCGCGAGCCACAUCCCUUCGUACAUCAACCACCCGAAGCUCAAGGAGGCCGGCCCCGUCUUUGUCGUCUCCGUCAACGACCCCUUUGUCAUGAAGGCCUGGGGCGACCAAUUGGACCCGGCGGCCCAGACUGGAAUUCGAUUCCUGGGAGACCCGUCCGGCGAGUUCACCAGAGCAUUUGACGUCGACUUUGACAGCAAGGCCAUCUUUGGCAACGACCGCAGCAAGCGCUAUACCCUCGUGAUCGAGAACGGCAAGGUCAAGGAGGCCCACGUUGAGCCCGAUAACAUUGGCACUGCAGUUUCCCUGGCCGACAAGGUCUUGGGUUGA